UCAUGAACCACCAGCACCAAAUAACCCCCAGCACAGCCAUGUCGCAGCCGUCUCAUCCUCCCCAGACUCCGCAGCCGGGACUGCUGAGCCUGCCCAGCGCACUGACCUCGCAGCAACAGCAGCAGCAGAAGCUGAGGCUCCAGAGAAUCCAGAUGGAGAGGGAGCGAAUUAGGAUGCGUCAGGAGGAGUUACUGCGACAGGAGGCUGCUCUAUGCAGACAACUUCCCAUGGACCCAGAAAACAUGGCCCCAGUUCAGACAGCUGUGAAUACACCUGCCAUGGCACAAGACAUGCGGCCUGUUACAAACAAUGGAUCCGAUCCUUUCUUGAACAGUGGGCCGUACCAUUCCAGGGAACAGAGUACAGACAGUGGCUUGGGAUUAGGAUGCUACAGUAUACCAACGACACCUGAAGAUUUCCUGAGCAAUGUAGACGAGAUGGAUACAGGAGAAACUAUAGCACAGACAGCAAUGAACAUAAAUCCACAACAAACACGCUUCCCUGAUUUCCUCGACUGUCUUCCUGGAACAAAUGUUGACCUUGGGACUCUAGAGUCGGAAGACUUGAUCCCUAUUCUCAACGAUGUGGAGUCAGUACUCAACAAAAAUGAGCCCUUCCUUACCUGGCUGUAAUCGUUCAAUGCUGAUCGGGUCUGCAAUGCAAUUCAACAUUUCUUUUUCCUCUUGAGAUAGAGGUAGAAUAUCUGAAAAUCCUCAAGAGAUACAACUUACUGCCUUAAUGACUUUCGUUACAUCAUCUUUAUGGUCAGUUUAAUCUCUGCCUGGAUUUGAUUGACACUAAUUUAAAUAUAAAAUACAUAUAUAUAUAUAUAUA